UAUGUAUUACAAAUUUAUUAUUUAUAUGGACAUUUGUUUUAAUUGAAUUUGCAUUUUGGGUGUUAAAAAAAUCGAGAUUUUUACUACAAGAAAGAACAGAAUAAAAUUGGAAGAAGGAAUUAUUAUUUGGAGGGGGAAGGCAAAUAGAAGAGAACAAAGAGGAUGAAACUAACCUCCUCUAUUCUUAUUCUUAUUCUUAUUGUGCCUCCUUUCAGAUCUUGGUUUUUUUGUUGUUGUUGCAAGACCUGACAGUUGGGUUUACUUUGAUUGGUGAAGCUAAAUUCUGGGUUGUUCGGUUUAUUGACCUUCGAAGGAUCUGUUUGUUUUAAGCUUUGAAUCGGAGAGAAUUUUUCAUCUUGUAUCGGAUUACACUUUUUGUUAAAUAAAAGGGAAAGAUGUCUGAGAAUGGUAAGCUAUUUAUUGGUGGAAUAUCUUGGGACACCAAUGAAGAGCGCCUCAAGGAGUAUUUCAGCGGUUUUGGUGAAGUGGUAGAGGCAGUGAUCAUGAAGGAUCGGACCACAGGGCGUGCUCGAGGUUUUGGUUUCAUAGUGUUUACCGACCCAGCCAUUGCUGAGAAAGUCAUCAAGGAGAAACACAAUAUUGAUGGCAGGAUGGUUGAGGCAAAAAAGGCAGUUCCUAGGGAUGACCAGAACAUUAUGAGUAGAAGUACUAGUAGCAUCCAGGGUUCACCUGGUCCAGGGCGCACAAGAAAGAUUUUUGUAGGAGGUUUAGCAUCUACAGUCACAGAGAGUGACUUCAAGAAGUAUUUUGAUCAGUUUGGGAAUGUUACAGACGUUGUAGUGAUGUAUGAUCACAACACUCAAAGGUCUAGGGGUUUCGGAUUCAUCACUUAUGAUUCAGAAGAGGCAGUGGAUAAAGUGUUGCUAAAAGAUUUCCAUGAACUGAAUGGUAAAAUGGUCGAGGUUAAACGAGCGGUUCCCAAAGAGUUAUCACCUGGCCCUACACGUAGCCCCCUUGGUGUAUAUAACUAUGGUUUGAAUAGGGCCAACAACUUUCUCAAUGGCUACACUCAGGGAUAUAAUCCUAAUAGCCUUGGAACCUAUGGACUUAGGAUGGAUGGUAGAUUCAGUCCAGUUGCUGGUGGUCGAAGUGGGUUUCCUCCUUUUGGUUCUGAUUUUGGAAUGGACAUGAACUUUGAGCCAGGGUUGAAUCCAAGUUUUGGAAACAGUACACAUUUUAGUAACUAUGGACGAGGAAUGAGACCUUAUUAUAUUGGUAAUACAAAUAGGUUUGGUAGUCCUGUAGGGUAUGAUGGAAGUAAUGGAGGAGGAGGUAAUACUUCCUUUUUCAGCUCGGUGACCCGGAAUCUUUGGGGAAAUGGAGGGUUCAAUUAUAAUGCAAAUGCUGCUAGUUCCAGUGCCUAUGCAGGAUCUGGAAGUGGGAAUAUGGCAGCAAGUACCUUUGGAAAUAGUGGAAUUAAUUGGAGUUCUCCAAUUUCCAGUCAAGAUGGAAGGAAUAAUGUUACUAGCAAUAGCGUGAAUUUCGGUUAUGGAAGUGGUGAUAACAGCUUCAGGUUGGGGGCUGCAGGGUAUGAGAGAAACACUGGGACUAAUAUGGUGCCAGCAUCAUCAUAUGCAGCAUCAAAUGGUGGCUAUGAUGGAGCCUUUGCAGAUGUUUAUGGUGGUGCUUCAUUUUAUGGGGAUACCAAUUGGCCAUCAUCAACAUCUGAGCUAGAUGGUUCUGGUUCCUUGGGUUAUGGACUUGGUAGUACCACUUCUGAUGUUCCGGGUAAAAGUUCUCCUGGUUAUGUUGGUGGUUAUAGUGUUAAUAAGGGACAAUCAACUAGAGGAAUUGUUACCUAGAAGAUUAAUUCGGUUAGCACUAUACUGUAGGUGGAGAUAACUUGUGACGCAAGCAAUAUGUGAGUUCUGCUCAUUUCCCACCUUAAUCAAAAUGUUUAAGUUUUAAGAAAGUCGGUUAUCUAUAGCUAAAUGAAGUGCCUGUUUUUGGAGCAAUACAUUCUUAGAGUUAGGGAUCAUAAGGGAUUGUGUUGAGGCUUGAGGCUUGAGUUAUUAUUUUAGGGUUCAUUUUUUGGUAUUCGAGUGAGAUGUAAAAUCAGAUUCCGGGAUAUAGUCAGAAGACAUACCAUGCAUGUCAUGUAAGGCAGGUGAUGCAUAACGAUAUAGAUUAUAAACUAUUUUUUCCCAUUAGAUUUUAUGUUCUGUAAUGGUUCUGGUAAAGCUGUGGGUUCUUGUCAGCUAUGCUUUGUUUUCCCUUUUUCUUCCAUUAUUUGGGCUUGUCUUUCAGCCAGAAUGUACCUGAGAGAUUCUUGUUCAUUUAUCAGUGUGAAACAUUGAAAGGGAUACCCAUCUAGGGUUCCUCCGAAUAAGACUGUUGAAACUUUUGUUCUAACA